GUGGGUGCGCGCCCAUCUGCCCCCCGCCUCUCAAAAGUUUGCCUCGGCUGCCAGGGGACUCCCGGGCCGCCUUCUCCGCAGCCAGGGGGCGCGGCGGUGGCGCGGGACUUGCGCGCUGCGCGGGACUUGCGCGCCGCGCCAUGCCGGCGGCGCAGGGGGUUGCGCGGCGCUGCGCCCUGGCGGGGCUGCUGCUGUCGCUGCUGCUGCUGCCGCCGCUGCCGGCCGCGGGCGCGGGUGCCGAGAGCAAGGCGCGGAGCUGCGGCGAGGUGCGGCAGGCGUACAGCGCUAAGGGCUUCAGCCUGGCCAGCGUGCCCUACCAGGAGAUCGCAGGGGAACAUUUGAGAAUCUGCCCUCAGGAAUAUACAUGUUGCACCUCAGAAAUGGAAGACAAGUUAAGCCAACAGAGCAAACUGGAAUUUGAGAACUUAGUGGAUGAGACAAGUCACUUUGUACGCACCACUUUUGUAUCCCGGCACAAGAAGUUUGACGAAUUUUUCCGAGAACUUCUGGAGAAUGCAGAAAGAUCCUUAAAUGACAUGUUUGUCCGGACAUACGGCAUGCUGUACAUGCAGAACUCAGAGGUGUUCCAGGACCUUUUCACGGAGCUGAAGCGGUAUUACACAGGAGGCAAUGUGAACUUGGAGGAAAUGCUGAAUGAUUUCUGGGCUCGGCUGCUGGAGCGUAUGUUCCAGCUCAUAAACCCCCAGUACCAUUUCACUGAGGACUACUUGGAGUGUGUAAGCAAGUACACAGACCAGCUGAAGCCAUUUGGAGAUGUACCCAGGAAGCUGAAGGUUCAAGUGACUAGAGCAUUCAUUGCUGCACGGACCUUUGUUCAGGGACUGACAGUAGGAAGAGAGGUUGCGAACAGAGUAUCCAAGGUCAGUCCCACCCCAGGGUGCAUCCGGGCGUUAAUGAAGAUGUUGUACUGCCCUUACUGCAGAGGACUUCCCACUGUGAAACCUUGCAACAACUAUUGCCUCAAUGUAAUGAAGGGCUGCCUAGCAAAUCAGGCUGAUUUGGAUACUGAGUGGAAUCUGUUCAUAGAUGCUAUGCUUCUGGUAGCGGAGAGAUUAGAGGGACCAUUCAACAUUGAAUCAGUCAUGGAUCCUAUUGAUGUCAAGAUUUCUGAAGCCAUCAUGAACAUGCAAGAAAACAGCAUGCAGGUGUCGGCAAAGGUUUUCCAAGGAUGUGGCCAACCUAAACCAGCACCUGCCCUGCGAUCUUCCCGUUCUGUCCCUGAAAACCUCAAUACACGGUUUAGAGCAUAUAACCCAGAGGAGCGACCUACAACUGCUGCUGGCACAAGUUUGGAUAGGCUGAGGACUAUCUGGAGGACAAUGCAACAUGGUGUAACAGAUAUUAAAGAAAAGCUAAAGCUCUCUAAAAAGUUCUGGUCAACAUUGCCCUACACAAUCUGCAAGGAUGAGCAUGUGACAGCCGGUCCAUCAAUCGAGGAGGACUGCUGGAACGGCCACACCAAGGCAAGAUACUUACCUGAGAUUAUGAAUGAUGGCUUGACCAACCAGAUCAACAAUCCAGAAGUAGAUGUGGACAUCACAAGGCCAGACACUUUCAUUCGACAACAAAUCAUGGCCUUACGUGUAAUGACUAACAAACUGAAGAAUGCAUAUAAUGGAAAUGAUGUCAACUUCCAGGAUACAAGUGAUGAAACGAGCGGCUCAGGCAGCGGAAGUGGCUGUACAGAUGACAUAUGUCCCACCGAGUUCGAUUUCAUCACCACUGAAGCACCACCGGUUGACUCCAACAGGAGGGAGGUGGAGGCUUCAGCCACACAGCCUGGCUGGUCACUGCAGACAUUGCUUGUCAUCUUCAUCAGUCUUGUACUACAGAGACAGUGGAGAUAA